ACUUUUCUGAGCUUUGCUGUGACUGCUCCCCUUUUAUACUCUCUCUCUCUCUCUUGCUCCCUCUCUCUCUCUUUGUCCAUCACACCAGAGCUCUUUUUCCUAAUUUUCCCAUGGUGCACGGUGUCCCUGCAUGGGGGAGUGUUUACGGGAUGUUAUCUGUGUCAGUCCCGGCCCCUGGAGUCUCUCUGGAGUGGGUUCUGGUGGAAUGCUGGAACGGGAUGGAGGAGGAAUUUCAAAAGGAGGAGUGACGAGAGACAGGCACAGAGAAAGGGUGAGGGAAAGAGAGAGAGAGAGAGAGAGAGAGAGAGAGAGAGAGAGAGAGAGAGAGAGAGAGAGAGAGAGAGAGAGAGUAUAAAUAAAUCCCAAGGAAGCUGGUGCUCACAGGCGCAGCUGGACUCCUGGAUAACUGGACUCAAGCCCACUGAAAAAAGACAAAAGGCACCAACAAACUCUCUGGAUUUCUGCUUAGAUUUAGUUACUGUGACAAACGUAAAGAUGAAUAGUGUGGCGGACUGGCUCGUUCAGAACAGGGACAAGGUCGAGAAAGGCGUGGAGAUCAUGGGGCAGGCCUCUGAGGUGCUGGCCUACACCGUGGGCCAGCUUCACCCCAUCCUGGAGGCGGUUUUCAUGGCCUCAGCUGAGCUACUCAAAGACCCGGACAGCAAGGAAGCCCAAUACCUGACGCAACAGUUCGAACAGGUCAAUGCAAGACUCGAGGGAAUCACGGAGGAGAUCAACACGAUCGCCCUGGAGAUGAUGAAGUCCACAAUGAACAAGCAGAACUUUGACCUGGAGGCCAACAUUCUCAGUCAGUACGACAAGUUCCAGGACUUUGUCAACGCCAAGCCUGAGUACAGGCAGACCAAGAAGAAGAAGUUCCUCAGCCACUACGAGAACACGAAUGCCGACUUGAACAUGUUCUCCCUCUACAACUCCGUCAAGGGGGACAACAUCUCCGGAGACCCCAUUAUGGACACGGUGCUCGCCACCACCAAGAGAGACCGAAGGGCGGUGGAGAAUUUCUGCGCUUUGCUGAAGAGGCUUUUUGUGAAGGGGCUCAUCGUCAUCGUGGCCCACGCCGCCCUCAAGGAAGGGUCCAGCGGGGAGGAGAUCGUAAAGAUGUGGAAAGAUCGGAUGGAGGAUGUGGAGAAGUGCAUGAAAGACGCCGUGGACGAAUGCACCAAGAACUUUGCCGAACAAGCCAAGACGGACAUGGAGCUACUCCUCCAGGCGGACACCGGCACCGUCAAUUCUGAGUUCGUCAACAAACUUUUGGACUCGCUCAGUCGAAAAUACGACUGGGUGAGAUGGUCCAUCAGGGCCUUCAGAAACAGAGAGCGCAUUUUCUUCUUCAACUGGAUGGCAGGAAAGAAGUUCCACGGCAGCGGCGGAGCCAACUGGUUUGACAUUCUGACCAAGAACAAGAUCAAAGUGGUUUUCUCGUUCUGCGUCGACCCGAAGCCCAUCAACAAGAGUCAGGUGGUGGAGCAGAUCGAGAAGCAGAAGCUGAAGGGGAACAUGAUGGCGGUGGCUUUGUCUUUGCAGAAGUGCUUCCCCAACUGCCUGGUCCACGCCGUGAGCCAUUACAAGGCAGUGAUGGAGACCAACAACUUCAUGGAGGACUGCUAUUACUAUGGACAACACCAGAAAGCCUACGUGUGCAUCCAUCCUGAGUAGGCUCCAAGAAAAGACGGAUGUAUUCAUGAUCACCUAGAUUAAGAAGCGACUUUAGGACGUCUCUAAUAAAUGUGGAGCUAUAUCUUUUGGUGUAUAAUCUGCUUUGGGCACUGCUUUGUGAUUCCUGGUCUUGCAGAACUCCCUGUUCUUAUCAAUGUGUCUUCCAGUUCAAAUUAUGGGUUUUAUAAAGAUUUCAGAGCCGUACAUGUAAAUGCAAAUUUCGUAAAUUGUAUCAUUUGAGUCAAUAUUAAACAGGAGAGUCAAAAAUACCAGCUGGACAUCUGCCAGAGAUUCUGCCUUUCAUUUAAACCGCCUCUACCCCUGGGACAAUGUCAACAACCAAUCUGCAUGGCUGAUUUGUGGUGUUCAUUGAUGCUUAAGGGAUAAUUAGAUCAAUGUCAGGAUAUAUACCAUCUGAUACAACAUUGUUAGCAUAACAGCCAAUUAAAUGUUUAAACUAUCAGGGAACGAUGUUGACGUGUUGAUGCUGAAGAUGACAACUAGUCCAAGAAAGGCCAGGUCAAAAACUCUGAAAGUCAAAAACCUAAUAGCAGGUUAUGUUUAGUAAUGACUUGUUUCAGAUUUUCUUUGGAGGAUCGGUGAUGUUUACUGCUAUUUGAACAAAGAACUGACCUUUCAAGCAAGACGCAUUUCAGAAUAUCUCCCUCAGUAAUGGAGUGUUGGAAUCAAAGUUAAAUAAAUCAUUUAUUCAUUUUAUUUUUUCUCAGCAUUACUUUCGUGAUUGCUCCUCUAUCUGUUGGCGGAUGUUUUAAAUGAGAAAGCCAUCGUUAAAGACUGUAACCCACAAUGAUUUAUUUUGUGCUAUAAUUUCAGAAAUCUGCUUUGGAACGUGUUGAAUUAAGAGAGUUAUAAACUCUCUUAAUAUGUCCCUUUAGACAAAAAAAACAAUAAAAACAUUGUUCUGAUUCAUAUUUUUUUAAUGAUUUUACAAUAAAUCGAUAUGUCAUUAUAGGUUGUCUUGUGCUGCAGCUCUGCUAAACAUCCCAGAAUCAAAUCUGCAGCAGCUUCUAAAUGCAAACUGAAGUCAGAAACAUCGGUUAGAGGUACUCCCUGCUGUUGUUUACUCUGUCAUUAUGCAGAUGGGAGCAGCAACCUCAACGAGUCUGAAACCACGACUUAUUGUCUUCCUCGUGCGUUCAGAAGCGAUGUUCUGAUGUUCAGGUCCAGCCAGUUUGCCCUUAUCGCCCCCAGUGUUUCUGUGGAAUUAAAAUCCACCUUAAGUUUAUAUUCAGAAUGAAUUUUGGAAUAAUACAGAACUUCCCUUUUUGCAGAAUAUCAGAUAAACUCCACCUGUCCUCUGGUUAAAAGCGCCAGGACAGGUGAGUGAUUAGGCUGUAUGUGAGAUGUUUUAUUUUAUCUAAGAAUAGUUUAAAGUGCAGAGUAUGUAAUAAAACACAAAUAAAUCUUUUUAGCGUUUACUUAUAUAUAUAUGGUGCAAUAUUGUGACCAAGCUGUAUAAAACCAAGUACAAUCAUUUCUAUAUGUAUAAUUAACUUUGAUUUGUAAUAAAGAACAGAAUAAGAAG